CAGUCUGUAAAGGAAGAAUCACAGAAACGACUCGAGGCACUUCGACCUUGGACUGAGUUCUUUGACCGUCAACGCAUAUCAAAACCAAAUGGAUAUUCUGGGAUUUCGCAAAGACUGUCAUUCAACCUGCGCUACUUUCAAAAUAAUUAUAUACUAAUCGUGCUACUGGUUAUUGCAUACUUUCUGAUCACCCAACCUUGGCUGCUGGUAUCCGUUGCAUUUCUUGUCUGUGGAUUCAAGUGGAUUUCAUCAUUACCAACAAAUGAACCAACAGUCAUUGCAGGAAAGAGUUUCACUCAGCUCCAGUUGUGGGGAAUCUAUGCCGUAAUCUCAUUAAUUCUGCUGUUUUUCACUGGCAUUUCAUCAACAUUGUUCUGGGUUGCAUUCAUUUGUGCGUUGGUGGUAUGUGGGCAUGCCGGAUUCAUGGACAAACCUGUCGAAGCAGAAUUUGAGGGCGACGAACAAGUUUAA